CAGAAUGUCAUCGAGGACGACAGUUACUUCUACGGCGAGUCAGAGCCAGUCUAUCCAUCCCCUGAAAUGAACCCCGGUUUGGCGGACUGGGUGGCUGCCCAGGCGCAGGCGCGCGCCAUUGUCUCCCAGAUGACCGUCGAGGAGAAAGCCAAAAUCACUGUGGGCGUCACCCCAGGAAACAGAUGCAGCGGCUUGACUGGAUCGGCCCCUCGACUGGGCUUCCCCGGACUAUGCACUACCGGCGCCGGCAACGGCAUUCGGCAGGCCGACUUCGUCAACGGCUGGCCGGCGGGCAUACACAUCGGCGCCAGCUUCAACCGGCACCUGACGUAUCAAAGAGGCGUCUUCAUGGGCAAGGAAGCUAAGAAGAAAGGCUCCAAUGCGCUCGGCGGCCCCGUCAUGGGUCCACUUGGGCGAAUGGCGCUCCAUGGACGCAACUGGGAGGGCUUCAGCAAUGACCCUUAUCUCGCAGGUCAGCUCUCGGCUCUGACAGUGCAGGGCAUCCAGAGCUCAGGCGUCAUGUCCAUUUCCAAGCACUUCGUGGGUUAUGAGCAGCAGACGUAUCGGCUGCCGUCUACUAACGGCACAGGUGCGAAUGCGACUCUCGUCCGCGCGUCGAUAUCUGCCAACAUAGACGACCGAACGAUGCAUGAGCUCUACCUUUGGCCUUUCGCCGACGCGGUGCGAGCAGGCACCGCGUGCAUCAUGUGUUCCUACAAUCGCCUUAACAACUCCUAUGGGUGCCAGAACAGCAAGACACUCAAUGGGCUGCUCAAGACUGAGCUCGGUUUCCCCGGCUGGGUUGUCACGGACUGGGGUGCCCAGGAUGCUGGCGUCGCAAGCGCGCUUGCCGGCCUGGACAUGGCUAUGCCGGACUCGGACGACUACUGGGGGCAAAACGGCACGCUGCUCACCGAAGCUGUCAAGAACGGGUCUGUCCCUGAGACGAGGCUGGACGACAUGGUGAUGAGAAUCAUUACUCCCUGGUAUUUGCUCGGCCAGGACCGCGGUUAUCCUUCCCCCGACGCGGGCUUGCCUUCAGACUUUACCGCGCGUCGCGCCCUAGUCGAUGCAAGAGACCUGGCGAGCAAGUCGAUAGUGCUGCAGAGCGCGAUUGAGGGACAAGUACUGGUGAAGAACGUGAAUAGUGCACUUCCUCUGAACAAACCGCGGAUGCUCUCCAUUUUCGGCUAUGACGCGCCCGCUCCAAAUGUCAUGAAUGUCCCGGUACCUACUUCCCCAGGUGAUACCAGCCUCUUCUCGAACCCGUGGACGUCUGGAUUUCUGGGUGUUGAGCUCUCCACAUUCUAUCCGAUCAUUUUCGGUGGCAGCCCCGGUUUUGAGCUCCCCAGCAUCGCCAAGCUAGGCACCUUGGUUACUGGAGGUGGCAGCGGCGCCACUGCGCCGUCAUACAUCUCCAGCCCAUUCGACGCCAUCUCCCAGCAAGCUUACGAGGAUAACACGGCGAUCUUUUAUGACUUCAAUUCCACGGAUCCGGCUGUCGACUCUUCGUCGGACGCUUGCCUCGUUUUUAUAAACGCCUGGGCAACCGAGGGCAUGGAUAGGCCGGAGCUGCGCGCCGCAGACGACUACUCGGACAGCAUAGUCAAGAACGUGGCAUCCAAGUGCAACAACACCAUCGUCACCAUCCAUAACGCAGGCAUCCGGCUCGUCGACCAGUGGAUCGACCACCCGAACAUCACCGCCGUCAUAUUUGCCCAUCUCCCCGGCCAAGACAGCGGCCGCGCCAUUGCAUCCGUCCUGUACGGCAAAGUCUCCCCGUCCGGCAGACUCCCAUAUACCGUGGCGAAGAACGAGUCGCAUUACGGCGCCCUCUAUGCCCCGUUCAACGCCACGGACGCCGCCAUGUUCGCCAAGUUUCCGCAGGGAAACUUCGCCGAAGGCGUGCAUGUCGACUAUCGCGCCUUCGACAAACACGCCAUCGAGCCGCGCUUCGCGUUCGGCUUCGGCCUGAGCUACACCACGUUCGACUACUCGGGCCUCAGCGUCGCGCUUGCGCCGGGGAACCAUUCCCUGCUGCCGCCCAAGAAGCCCGUUGUGCCCGGUGGCAAUCCAGCGCUGUACGACACCGUCGCGCGCGUCUCCGCAACCGUCGCGAACACGGGUGCUGUCGAUGCAGCGGAGGUCGCGCAGCUGUACGUCGGGAUACCGGGCGCUGAUACGCCGGUGCGCCAGUUGCGCGGCUUUGAGAAGAAGACGAUUGCCGCUGGGGAACGCACCAGGGUGGGAUUCGAGCUGGGACGGAAGGAUCUGUCCGUGUGGGACGUUGGGGCGCAGGAGUGGGUGUUGAGGAGGGGCGAAUACAGGGUCUAUGUGGGCCGGAACAGUAGGGACUUGCCGCUGGAGGGCACGUUGACGUUGUAGUUGGCUUUGUUGUCUGCACAGCUGGGCGGUUAGUUGAUCGGAGUUCUAUCCUUUGAGUGGGCUGUUUAGCGACGUUCGCGGAGCCCCAUGCGCGAUGCUGUCUGUCAGCUUAAGCUGCUUUCAUUCGUCCGAUGAAUGGCUACCGAUACUUGGAGGGAUGCAAAGGCUGCGGCAUGCCGUUGGCCUCGGGGACGUGUACUGUACAGCUAACGUGCGACAAUUUCUAGACC